CUUGCAUGAUGGCGGAUGAGUGUGUCCAUGGGGCAGAUCGUAACAUUAACAUAGCCGACCAACAGUGAAGCAUCGGCCGCCAAUGGCGUAUAGCAAUCAGGAAGAUUAAAGACAAAUUCGAUGAGAUCACAUCGGGAACUCCGUUUCUAAAAAAAAAAAAGCUUAGAGAAAGGGCCGCUCGUUUCGUCAUUUUGAGACCCGAAAGGGAGGAUUUCUUCGUUCCCUGAAAAAUUUCCGCAUGACCUGCAUCAUUUUGGGAGGUAACAAAGUACCGCACAAGGCAAGCGCCUUUCCUCAUUCACAAAUGAUACAAUGUAACACAUUUGAUACGCGACCGCUUUGAUAACAAUCAUCCGGAGUUCAUGUGUAUGCGCUCGGUCUUACUCUUGUUUGGCUUAUUUCAAGAAAAGUAGACGGGAAGGGAGAGAAGUUAGAAGGAAUAGUAAGAAGAGAUUCCUUUUGAGGUGUGCACCAGGAGUUUCUAUCACACUUGCUGUACAGACGAGUCAUGAGCUGUCAGGAGGUGCCCAACCCCAGCCAGGAGCCGAAAGACACUGCCGUGGUCCCCACAGAGGCAGGAACCACGCAAGCUGUCCCCACAACCUCCCCAAAGCCUAUAUCUAUCACAGUAAAGACUGAGGUGGCUUCCCCCACCGAGUCGGUGGCCAGUAAUGGCAAAGCGAGCGACAGCAACAUGCCUGCUGAGAUCUGUGUGGUUUUAGGGAGCAACUCGCGCAACUCUCAAACACAAGGCUCUUACAUUUGUGGAAUAUGUGGAAAAAAGUACAAAUACUACAACUGCUUUCAGACACACGUCCGAGCUCACACAGAGUCGGAUGGCACUGCAUCUGGAGAAGGAGCAUCUCUAGGAAUCAAUAGUGCUUUCCGCUAUACAUGUGAUGUAUGUGGGAAAAAAUACAAGUACUACAGCUGUUUUCAGGAGCACAGAGACCUCCAUGCAGUUGAUGGUGAGCAAUAUCCAUAUGACCAUGUGAUACCUGUAGAGGACCCAAAAGAGGAAUCUGAACCCUACCAGAAAAUGGGACCAAAAACAGGAAGCUACACCUGCGAGUAUUGUGGAAAACAGUAUAAAUACUUCAAUCCUUAUCAGGAGCAUGUGGCUCUUCAUGCUCCAUUGAAGGGAACUUAUGGCCUUAAAAUGGAAGGGAAAAUGUCUAGCCAGUCAGGACAGUCUAGUCGUGUAGACAUCAAUUCCCAGAACUCGAGUGAUACCCCAAACAGCCGGGCUUUCAGUUCCCUCCCCAACUCUCAGAAAACCUACGCGUGUGGAGCCUGUGGAAUUCAGUUUCAGUUCUACAACAACCUCUUGGAGCACAUGCAGUCCCAUGCUGCAAUCAAGAACAACUGGAAAAGUUAUGGAAAUACAUUGUUCAAAAGGCCUGAUAAUGAGAAUCAUAUUAAAGAUGAGUCUCCAAAACCCUGCCAAGUGCCUGCAGCCACACAGGAACAGAUGUGGAAACCUCCACAGCCGACCCAACAGAGGAGCCAUGUACACUCUUAUCAGAAUAGAUUGCUCCCAGAAAAAGAGAGGCAACAAGUGGCUGAGCGUUUACUGAGGGUUAUGUGUGUAGACCUUGGCCUUCUGGGUGUUCUCAGCAGUAAAGAUUUCCUAAAACUGGCUCAGACCCUGGUGGACACUGGUGCACGAAAUGGGGCCUACUCCAUCCGUGAAGCCCUGGGAGAUAUGAGCUCGCUGGCACUAAAGCAACUCCCUCGUAUGUAUAAUCAGGUGAAAGUGAAAGUGACCUGUGCCCUGGGUUCCAACUCUUCCUUAGGCAUUGCUGUGACCUGCCAUUCGCAAACUCUGGGACCAGAUUCCUGCUACUUGCUAACAGCAUAUCAAGUAGAGGGUGUGCGACUCCGACGCUACGUGUUAGGACUCAAGGAGGCCUCUCUAAGGGAGAGUCCAGAGCAGAUACAUCACUGGGUCCAGAUUGUUCUGUCCGAGUUUGUCAUGUCAGAAAUCCGUACUGUCUAUGUGACUGAGCCACGUUUGUCUGCAUUAGCAUUUUGUGGUCGCACCGGAGUUAGCCUCCGUUGUGCAGGUUGUUCUCUAACAGCCACAGUUCAGGCUGUUAUUAGCCGUCGCAGCCUGCAAGCGCGAGGACUCCAUGAACUAGGUGAGCUUCUGGCAACAUGCCGUGACAUUGCUGCAACGACUAGCUUUAGCCGUGAGAGUAAAGCCGCAGAGGAAUCAGCCGCUCCGCCCUGCUGGGAUCCAGUCGUAGAGGCCUUGCUCAAGGUUCAUGACAACUUUGAGGCCACCUGUGAAGCGUAUGGCCGGUCUAAGAGCACAGUGGCACUCUUGCAGGGCCUGAACAAGCACCUCCUUGGCACGCUUGCAUGUUUGCUAGCACCGCUAAGACAGGCAGCACAGGAGCUGAGUGUCGAACACAGCCCCACGCUGCAGCACGUGCUCCCCGUCUACCUCCGUCUUGAAAAACUUUUCACCUCCAAAGCCGGUGAGGUGGGUGCUGGCAGUAAACUCUGCCACUACUUCCUGGAGGCCCUGAAGGAGAACUUCAAAGUGGAACGUGUCCAUCAAGUUGCAAUGAUCUUGGACCCACAGCUAAAGCUGCGGCCUGUCCCAGCGUACCAACAUGAGGACAUCAUCUCACGGGUGUGUGACAUGGCUGCUAAUAUGAGGGAAACGGGAAGUGGUGGAUCUGGAGGGACAUCUGUGGAUGAAAGGGAUAGUGACGGACCCUCAGUGGCCAAGCAAGGGCGCCUGGACUGUGGUGGGUUAGAGAGGGCACCAUGCGGGGCUGACGAGCCACAGGUACGAAAAGAGUUGUUCCAAUACCUCGGUGAACCACUGUUAAGUGGCACAGGUGACCUGUUGCAGUACUGGAGUUCAGUCAUGGACAGAUACCCCAGGCUUGCGCGGUUAGCACUGUGGUUGCUGGCCGUACCAGCCGUAGCUGUACAUGGAGAAUGCGUGAACAUCUGCAAGCAGACUUUAGCCAUGAGGAGAAAGCAGCAGGUCACUGCAGAGGAGAUGAACAAGCUGGUCUUCCUCAAGAGUAAUUUUGCUUGAGGCAGCUAAGGGCUUUAAGCUAAUGGCAUCACAGACUGUUUUGCAUCAAGACUUCAGUGAACCAGACUGACCAGUGACUUCUCUUUAUCCUCUAAAAAAAAAAAAAAAAACUGAUUUUACGCAAGUGUCUACCAAUGAGGCACAUGAUAAACAUUUGCAAAGGAAAGAUACACUGACAAUUGAUAGACAAAUGCCUGUUCAGAUCGUAAUUUGGCUUUAACUACAGAGCAACUCAUUCUGCCCUGGAUUUAAACUUUUGUUUUUAAUAUAUCAGUUGAACAUAACUUAAAAUUGUCAUCUGUUUGAGUCAGUAUGCGGUUCAUCCAUCUCUCUUAAAUCAUUUUGUAGACAACAUCAGAGUUUCAGUGAAUGAAUUGUUGAAAUUAUCAACCACCUCAUUUAGUGCAGGUAAAAACGGGGUAUUUAGAAAAAGCCAUGAUUUGCAAUUACGCCUUUACAAAAAUCACACAAAGCUCAAUGAUACCUCUUUGUGGUUAAGCAGUAGGCUGAUCAACUGUAUAGAUCUAAGGCUUGUCAUUGGUGUGCCCUGAUAUAGUAGCCGGUUAACCGCUUUCAGUGUGUUAAGCUCAGUGUUGUACAGUUGCAAGAGUUUAUGGCCAGCAGAACUCCAGUUUUUAAGUUAAUGCUUUUGCAAUUAUUUAUUUACAUUUUUUGUUAGUUUUCACAAAACCAUUGCAAAAACAUGUCACGUAGCACAAGUUACUCUCAAGCUGACUUUGAUGCCUUGGACCUUUUUGUAGCAGCCUUUUUCCCUCACUGUUAUAGCUCUGGCAUCAUGUCUUUCUACAAUACAAUCUACUGUAGUUAAAACAUUUAUUUUGUGUUUUAACCUAAUAUUAUUGGGGAUCAGAAUUAUAUGGAAUUGUUCUCUAAAGCUGUGCAACGUUCUGGUACAGUUAUGUGCAAAGUUUCUGAUAUUGGUUCUGAACCAUUUGAAAAGGGGCUAAAAUGAAAUUGUCUAUCUCUCACUGUUUCAGUACAAACCACCUUGAACAGAGGCAGCUAAUUGUAUUAUUGUGUGAACGCAUUCUUAUUGUUAGAAGAUAAGGAAACUAAACGAUCACUUCAUUAUUAAUGCACUGGAUUUCUGUUAUCCGCAUUUUCCUCAUUAAUCUUCAGCAGUUUAUUAGAAUAGUGAAAACCUUGCCUAGAUUAGGACCAAAGUAUCUUUUUAAAAGUAGUUUGACAUUGUGAGUAAUUACCUUUUUCUUUCAAACAGAUGUGUGAAGUCAUCCCAUAAAAUGCGUACUUCGCGUAAUCUACGUAAUUAAACUAAUGUGUAAUUUAUCGACCACAUGAAGUUUCACCGUAUUUGAACAACAUUUUUAAACACUUCAGUGAAUGAACAGAAGUUCUUACUUCCAUGAUAAAAUAAAUGAUUUUCAAGAGUAUUUUACUUGGGGUUUCCCACAGUCAUGGAAAACCUGGAAAUAUCAGGGAAUUUAAAAAUUGUGAUUUCCAGGCCUGGAAAAGUCAUGGAAAUUAAUAAAAUCUUCAAAGUCAUGGAAAAAUCAUGGAAUUUUUUUAUAGUUCAUAUAUUUUUAUUUAUUAUGCUCUGUCAUAAAAUAUUUAAUCGGGGUCUUGCGUUGCACUGGAUUAAAAACACACUGUGAAGAGUUUCAAAUAUAUCAUGUUAUUUAGAAUACCUGACCAAUUAGAGACGAUAACGUUCCACUCCCCGCCUAUUUUAGGAUUCACGUUUUCAGGCUAAUUGUCAUUUACCCGCUUAAUUUCAGUGAAGUGUGUCUCUCUUUGCUAAUUUUCACGUAACCUACUUUAGCAUGUAAAAUUUGCUUUUACAGCUAAGUUUAACAUGCCAGGAAAGUGCACCUUUAACAAUGCCUUGCUCAGCAUGGCCAGGUAUGAAAAAUGUCUGGCAAAGGAUCGGGAUCCUACGGUGCCCGGGAAGGGACAGAUUCGAUUCACUUAGUUUUGUCAUUGCCACAUCAUAUAACUCGUGGGAAUGUGAUAAUGUGUUGUGGCCACUAGAUAUUAUGUUGAGGGAACGACAUCCUUAUCUCGUGGUCACAAGAAUAUGAUCUCGUUCCCUAGACAAAGUAUUUGUCCCACAACUUUGUUGAUGUAAAUGGCUUAAAAAGACCUAUAUGAAGUGGUGUAACGUUAGUUCAUUUUCUUUUACUCGCGCUCUCUGAAGGCGACAGUCUUACAAAAAUAUCGUUCACACACUUGGCCUAAAGGGUAUAUAACUGUACUACAAGGGCCAUAAAACACUGUAUGCAGAACAGUCAACACUUGGUGUGGCUGCAGAAUUAUGACUGAACAUGCACCGAUGCGCUUUCAUUGCCUAGCAUACUCAAGGGACCACCUGAAAAUUCCACCCACUAUGCUGUUGACAUGCAAGUUAACAUAAAAAAAACCCAGUAAAAGUGCAGUAUUUUCACAUUUCAAAGGUUGUAGUAAGUUCCCAGUGGAUAGACUAAUUUACUACAGUUGAGAUUAUUAAAGUAAGUCCAAUUAUAUGAGUAUAGUAUUUGAUUAUUUUAGGAAAACAAAUCACCAAAAUUUGCCAAGAUGUCAUGUUCACAUUCCAGAGGAUGUCGCAGGUUCCUAGUUGAUAGACUGACUUACUACAGUUGAUAUUAUGUCAGUAUGCGCAAUUAUACAGAUGCUGUUUUCAAAUAUUACAAACAAAACUCACCUUAAUGACAGAAGCACAUUCUAAAGGCUUCCAGGUAAACUGGUCUCAUAGAGGAGCAUGCCCAGGGCGGUUAGUGUUGAAUUAGGGUUAGAAUGUUCUCUCUUUGUUUGUAAGAAAAACACUCUAACCAUAGAAUUGUUGUUCCAUAUAACAAGCAUUAGCAACCACUAUAUAUAAAAACAUUAAACUCAAACCAAAUUUAAAGGGGAUCUUGCGCAGCUGGGCCUACAGUCUUUAAAGUGUGCAAAUGUCAUUUAGAUCAAUUUUGGUGUUUCCCCUUAUAUAUAUAUAUAUAUAUAUUAGUAUAUUUGAAUACUGCAUCUUUUUAAUUGCACAUGCUGGAAAAUCUCACCUUUUGUUAGUCUACCCACUGGGAACUUACUACAAGUUGUUAUUUUUAAUUAUUAAUUAAUUUGUUAAUGAAAUGUUUUCAGUUUAACAUAAGAAACAAUGGUGUGGUUUUGUUUUUUUAUAAAUUUGCGAUUGUGAUUAGGUGCCAUUUUCAGAAUGAAAGGCUAAAUGUUUGGGCAUGGAAAUUAGCUUUCAAGUCAUGGAAAAGUCAUGGAAAUUCAUUGGUUGAAAAGAGUGGGAACCCUGUAGUUUUCAUGGAAAGAUGUUAUUAGCAUUAUAUAAUUUGUUUUGUAAUGCCUUGAACAUCUUUGUGAUUAUACAGCUAUGCAUGCAGACAAUAUAAGAGACUUUGUUAAAGUAAGCCAGAGAUGCUUGCAGGAAUCAGACAUAUAGGCUAUGUUCACACAGCUGUAAUCAGUAAAAUCAACCUUUCUCAGGUUAUAAAACAUGGCAGAAAAUAGGGCUAUUGAAAUAAUUCUUGUCUGCUGCUGUACAGUGGGUACAGGACAAUUUGAGUCACAGCUGUUAGUAAAUAUGGUUUAAUUCCAAUUCCAAACUCUGACUGUGUGAACAUAGUCAUAAAGCCUGAAUUGCUGAAGAAAAUAGUUAAUGCAAAAACUGUUCUGCUGAAGAUAAAUCGAGCAAAGGGCGCAUGCGAUUGGAUGAGGUAUUUUAGGUACCCCAAAAUAAAGAUGUUGAUACUUGCUAGCAUGUGCAGAAAAGUUUGUGUAAAAAAAAAAAAAAAAAAAAAAAAAAAAGCUUUAAAUGUUGCCCAGAAAUAGAAACAGCUGCUGUCGUACAUUGUUGUAUUUCUCUAUAACCACAAGAGGGCAGAAGUGUCUUUGCAAAGAGUCUCCAAAACACCUUACCUCUGUUUUCUAUCCAAACAUUUCAGAUAUUUUGAUAAACUCAGUCUAUGAAUAUGAUGGACUUCAUGAAGGUUUUACUUUUGUGUUUAUUUUUCUGAAUGAAUGUGUAAUGCGUGUCUUUGGGGAAAUAUGAAAAGUAGGAGAAUGCAACAUGCUCCUGUGCUGCAGCAAGGUUUAUUUGAAAUAUACUUAUAUCUGAAAGUAUAGAACACUGUUUUAAUCACAACUAUUUAUGGAUACAUCACAGUUGUUAAUAUUACUCUGUUUUUUUUUUUUAGGGACCCCCCCCCCCCCCCCCCCCCCCCAUUUUAGCAGUAGGUCUAAUUUAUACUUUUUUAACACUAUUUUUAUAACAUGACUGAUAAUAGAGUUUUCUCUCAUUAUUGACUGUCAGUAGUGUACUGCACUGUUCUGAGAAUCUAUCUACUCCUGUAGUAUGUGCUGUGUGAAUAAAAUAUCCUCAAAGAUUUCAGUUUUAUAUAAUUUUGGUUGGUUACACAUUAUUACAAUGUAGUCAUGCAAGUAUUAAAAACUGUAAUGAAUUUCAAUUACUUUAAAUGUUAAUGUAAUGCAAGUUUAUUUAUUUAUUUUGAUGACAAGCUUUCUAUGAAGAAAGAUGUCAUGGAACCUGUCCUGGUCAUGUUUCACUCCAAAAAAAAAAAAUUCUUUAAGCAUUGUGACAAGUAAUAAUACAUCAUGGAAGUAUUUGUUGGACUGCCUUAUAAAUUUAGCUGAUUUAAAUAAAAUACUGUGAUAGAGUAAAUACAGUAAAAUCAUUUAGAAUAAUGGACAUUACCAAAAAAAAAAACAAAAAAAAACUUAAUUAGUCCUUAAAAUAAGUUUAAUUUUCUUUAUGCAAAAUGUACUACUUUCAGAAGAUG